CAAUAAAAACCUCUGAAUCUGUUCUUUGAACUGCAUAUGGCAAUAGAAACACGCCGACUUCUCCAUUUCACUAUCUUUCAUUUGUAGUGAGAUUUUUCACAGGCCACAAGAUACUUCCUGCUGAGAACCCAUUUCUUAACUACGACACCAUUUAAGAAGACCCUCAUCGGAAAUGCAAGCCCCAUCUCAGUCACCGGUGGUCGUUGUAACUCAGCCCAUGAGUGGCUCCAUGCCCCAGACCUCCAACUGGCAGACGGGCAUGUGUGACUGCUUCAGUGACUGUGGAGUCUGUCUUUGUGGAACAUUUUGUUUCCUGUGCCUCGCGUGUCAAGUUGCAGCUGACAUGAAUGAAUGCUGUCUGUGUGGAACAAGUGUCGCAAUGAGGACCCUCUACCGGACCCGAUAUGGCAUCCCAGGAUCCAUUUGUGAUGACUUUUUGGUGACCAACUGCUGUCCUCUGUUCUCUCUUUGCCAAAUCAAGAGAGACAUCAACAGAAGGAGAGCCAUGCAUACUUUCUAAAGAACUAAUGGUAGGUCCCAGAAUCUGUGGAUUUUUAG